UUAGCUUCGCUCUAUCUUUAAUGUUUCAUCAACCUCAGGUCUCGUCAUGAAGGCCCUGUUAACUCCCAUGUGCCUGAACAACGGCGCCGGAACCACUGGUCCUCUAAUAAGCCUGACCUUCAGCAGGCUCCGGUCAGUGUCCCCUCAGUGCAGCCCACACGGUUCCUCGCCUGAAGCAGCCAGGGUUCGAAGCUUCGAUGAGAUUCCGGGUCCAAAAGGACCUGCUCGAUGGCCAGUGAUAGGGCCUGCUUUUUUGUUUAAGCCUUUCACGUCCGUCCCGCCGACAAGGCCUGAUCUGAUGACCAAAGAGCUACACCAGAAAUACGGGGACAUCGUGCGUAUCCGACUCCCGUUUGGACACACCGUGCUGGUAAAGGACCCCGCUGACAUGCUCAUGGUGUUCCAAAAUGAAGGGAGAUAUCCCAGCAGGCCCAAUUUUGACGUGGUCAACACAUAUUUCAAAUCCAGGAACAUGAAGACUUUGUCAACCGCGAACGGCGAAGAAUGGAGGCAUCUGCGCAUGCGCGUGCAACCAAAGUUCAUGCGGCCAUCAGCAACAGACCCGUAUGUCUCGUCAAUGAAUCUUGUUGCAGACGAUUUGGCGGCCUGCAUUGAAACUGGUGCUUACACUGAGCUGAACGACGUGAUUUUUCGAUACGUUGUUGAAGCUCUCCGUCAGUUUUGCUUCAGUCGCCGGAUUGGAGCUCUUCCCAUGACCGCUGAUAAAUCGAACGAUAUUUUGAUCAGGGUGAAGCAGCUCUUCUCCAUCCUUGGCGCCCCUCCUCUAUUGCCACUUCACAGACUUUGGAAAACAAAGCCAUACAAGAUUGUGGAAGAAAAUCUGGAUUUUUUGAUUGGUGUGUCGAGGCAAGAAGUAGAGCGUGCCAUCGGCCGACUGAGGAAUAGCUCGGAGGCAAGUCAUGAGGGAUCGCCUCACUUCAUCCAGACGAUGCUGAGUGAUUCUGACCUGAAGCCUGAUGAAAUCGUCAUGUCAAUGAGUGAAUUUUUCUUUGGAGGGACCGACACGGUAAGUUCAUUUAUUUUGUUUUGGUAAGUGUUUUAGCUGGCAAGGUUGAUGG